CAAAUAUUGCAACUGUAUGCGCAUAUCACUUUCAGAGCGAUAUAUGGACGACGGUGCUAGGGAUUUCCAUGGCGAACAUAUCUUAGAAUCACUUGUGAUUUCAGAAUACUGCAAGAUAUGGCGUCAAGGAUCGUUUUACUAAUGGUGUUUGUCUUUGAUGCAAUUGCUUUUGCGCUUGCAGUUGUUGCCGAACAGCGGAGGACUAAAGCGACAAUCCAAACCGUCGAUGAAUUUGCCAGCAAUGAUUAUAGUUUUAGCUAUUGUAAGUAUGGUUCAGACAUUGCAACUGGCUUGGGCGUGGCAUCUUUUGUGUUCCUUUUUGCCAGUCAAGUUAUUGUAAUGGCCGCAAGUCGAUGUUUAUGCUUUGGGAGAGGUUUGAGGCCAGGAAGUUCGAGAACAUGGGCAAUCGCGUUAUUCAUUGUUUGCUGGGUGACAUUCUUAGUUGCAGAGAUUUGCCUUUUGGCUGGCUCGAUAAGGAAUGCAUAUCACACCAAGUAUAGGAAGAUGAUAGCGAGCGAUCUUUCGUGCGAGACAUUGAGACAGGGAGUGUUUGGAGCCGGGGCUGGUUUCAUUGUCAUGACCGGAAUAGUAUCUGAAGUCUAUUACGUUAACUAUGCCAAGUCGCACAUUUGUUCGACGCUGCCUCUGGAAACCGGUAUAAGAAUGGGGUCAUUUUAGUGGAUUCUUUCUUUUGAGUGUUGAAUCAUUAACAAGAUUGCGUUCUUAACUAUUUGAUCUAUGACUUAUUAUAGAUUAGUUUAUGAUGAUAUAUGUAUGUGUGCUUAUUAUGAAUUUAUGGUAGUAAUGUACUUGUGUAAAU